GCCGCGCUGCGAGCGCUCCGAUUGGCUGAGGGGCCGCGGUGGCGAUGUCCGCGUGGAUCACGUGCGUGCCGCGGCGCGCCGUAGCGGCCGGGUGCCGUUUGCUAUGCAGAAAACAGCCGCCUAACCGCGUGCGGAGCCGCGCCGGUCGCCAUGGCCUCGGGACCCGGAGCCGCCACGCUGAAGAAGUGCCUGGAGGUGCUGAAGGACGCCAGGAACGACAGCGAGCAGCUGGCAGCCCUGCUGCUGGUGACCAAAGCAGUCAGAGCUGGAGAGCUGGACUCAAAGACCCGCCGCCAGAUCUUUGAUGCCAUCGGCUUCACGUUCCCCAACCGCCUGCUGAACUCCAGGCAGGCACCACCAGGCUGCCCCGAGGACACAUUCAGGGCGCUGGGCCUCACCCUGCUGGCGUGCUUCUGCACUGAUCCAGAGCUGGCCGGCCACUCACAGAUCCUGAACAAAAUCCCAACCUUCAGCGAUGUCCUGCUUUCCCCCUGUAACCCAGACAGCACGUCCAUGGUGGAUGAUGCCUACCAAUGCCUGGCUGCUGUUCUGGCCACUCCCAGGGGGCCCAGGGAAAUGGUGACCAAAGGAGCUGUCUCUGCUCUGUGCCAGGCUUACACGAAUGGUGGUUAUGGCUCUGAGCGUGCCCUGACGCUGCUCUCGGGGCUGUUGGCUGUAGCAGAGGUGAAGUGCUGGCAGAGAAAUGCUCCGCACCUCCUGGCUGUGCUGAGCAAGCUCUCUGAGGAGUUUGUCAAGGCUGAAGACGUGACCAAGUUUGAGCUGUGUGAGCUUUUGCCUCGCUUCAUCCCCCUCUCACCACCACUUGCUGAACUCUCACAGGGCUCUGAGAGCAUCUGUCAGCUUUACAAAGGGCUGGCCAGCAUUCUGGGCAGUAAACUCAGCCAGUCACAGCGGGACCCUGCUCUGAAGCUUGCUGCCAGCCUCAUGCAGGCCUGUGGGUCAGAGUGGAUCCCAGCAGGGAGAACUGGCAGCAAGUUCCUGGCCUUGCUGGUGAACUUGGCUUGUGUGGAAGUCCGCCUAACCCUAGAGGAGCCUGAUCCCUUGGAGGUGGAGGGGAAAAAAGAAGUGGUAACAGCCUGCUAUGUUCUUAUUGAGAUGGGGAUCCAGGAGUGUCUGAAAGAAGAGGAAUCCCUGCUAGAUGAAGCACAGAGAAUGCAGCUCAUGAGGAUUAUGGAGGAGGCAUUUGGAGCUGUAGUAUUUUACCUGAGACAGGUUAAAGAGGAGGAGCUGCAGGAUCCUUUUGUAUUUGCUUCUGUUCGAAUCCUUGGAGCUUGGAUGGCAGAGGAGACAUCCUCCCUCAAGCAGGAGAUCUGUGAGCUCCUGCCUUUCCUUGUUCAUUAUGCCAAGAAGCUUUUCAAGGAGGGUGGUGCAGCAGAGAAUCUUUCCCAGGCAGCUGGGCUGGUCAGCAGUGACAACUCCAUUUUAGCCCAGGAUGCUCUGAGACUUCUGCUACCUGGAUUUUGCCAUUUAACAGCAGAGGACAGACCCAGAGACAUCCUCAUCUCAGAAGGGGCACCAGCACUACUGUGUGAUUACUUCCUGCAUCAGUGGGGGGUGCUGAGCUCUCAGCCUGGGUCCCUGACAAGCACUGAGAUGAGUCUACAGACUUUAUGUGGGAUCUUCCUUAACCUGGUUGUGACUGCACCAGACCUCAUCAGGCAGGAGAAAACUUUCUCUUCUUUGAUGGACACGUUGCUGAGGUCUCUUCCCUUCCUUCUACCUCAGAAGGAUCACCUGGUUCUAGCAGCCAACGUUGCCACUCUGGGCUUGAUGAUGGCAAGGAUCCUUUCAAAUUCACCAGUUCUUCAGAAAUCUGGCUCUGCAAAGGAGUUUUUCAAAGCCACCAUUUGCUUCUUGUCCCAGGCUCACACGGCCCAAGCAGACCCUGGUAGCCACGGCUUGGCUCUGGCCGUAUCCCCUGCCUACGUGAGUGCCUGGGAUGACAUCCGUGAGCUCUGGUUCCUGGCGAUGCAGGCCUUGGCCAGCUGUGUGCCUCUCUUCCCCUGGCUGCCAGAAGCUGUGCUCCAGGCACAGUGGCUGGAGGAGCUCUCAGAGUUACUGACACGCGUCACUGCAGCCUCGGUGGAUUUUGAGCUCAUUGCUGCUUUGCAGGCUGUGCUGGUUGAGCUGGCCAGAGCCAGUGAGCCGUGCAGGGAAGUGAUCCUGUCACACCAUGGGGAGGAGUGGGCCAACCUUUAUGGGAUGGCAGCUCUGGAACAGUGUCUGUCCAAGCAAUAAAGAGCUGUUUUUCAGCAGUGCCCUGGUGUGGGACAUGAAGCCAGACACCUGCAGCAUUCCUCAUGCACCUUUUGGUGCCACUGAGGACAAGAAACAUUUAAGGGACCAACUUCAUAAAGUCAGCAAUGCAGCAGAGCUCUGCAGGAUCCUCUCUGUCCAGAACCCGACACACACAACUAUUGCUGCUUCAGAACAUUUCCAGAUGUACCUCAUUUAUCUUCUGUCAGCAUUUUGUUUUAAAACCAGAUCAUUUGACUAUUAAAGAGGUUUUCUGUUCCUUUUCCAAA